GGUUUGUGUGUGAAAGAGUGUUAAGAAUUGAACAAGUAUGCUUGAUUGGGGAGUUCAAGGCCAUCAUCAAAAGUAUGAUCAUGAUCUUUAUCAACAACAACAUCAACAACAAGGAUGUAGAAAGGGACCAUGGACACUUGAAGAAGAUAAGCUUCUCGCGGAGUAUGUUACUUCACAUGGUGAAGGAAGAUGGAGCACUGUUGCUAAGUGUGCAGGGUUGAAUAGAAGUGGUAAAAGCUGUAGACUAAGGUGGGUGAACUACUUGAGGCCAGGGCUUAAGAGAGGACAAAUCACUCCUCAAGAAGAAGGAAUCAUCCUUGAACUUCAUUCCCUUUGGGGUAACAAGUGGUCUACAAUCGCAAGAUAUUUACCAGGACGAACAGAUAAUGAAAUAAAAAACUACUGGAGAACACAUUACAAGAAAAAAGAAAAAUUUUCUUCGAAGCAAGACAAAGUCAAAAGAUCUCUAUCCCGGAAACAACAAGUGGAUCUUAAACCGCAACCACAAGCACAACCGCAGAAUCAUCAGUCUCAACUAGUGUCCCAAGACCACAUGAAUAUCGACAACGAUCAAAACAUAGAGUCUUCGUUGUAUUACCCGACUAGUGUCUUCGAUGACCAAUUUUCUAUGCCUCAAAGUGUUGCAACAACCUCAUCCGACCACUCUAUGAUCGAUGAAGGUCACUUGUGGGGCAGCUUGUGGAAUAUAGACGAUGAUGAUCCACACGGUUUCGGUGGUGGCUCAGGACAGAGGACAGCUGCAGAUAUUGCUGAGAAGUUUCCAGGCAGCGGAAUUGAGGCCCCAUCGUGUGGCUCAGGGGAUUAUAGUUAUACUGGCUUUUACAUGGGAGGCUAUAUUUUUUAAUUAGUAUGCUCGAAGAUAUCAAGAAGAUGUGUCUUCGUAUGGUUUAAUAGAAAUAUUAAAAGACCUCAUUGUGU